UGUUGGGCCGGAUACAUACGAUGCCGAUAAAGGAUUUGAAAAAAACAACUCGCCUGCUUACUCCAUGGGAAAUAGAAGACGAAAUGUGACUAAUGAGUAUCCUGGACCGAAUCAUUAUAAUAUCACUAUACCAUGCAAACCUAACGCUCGUAAAGCACCAGAAUUCUCUAUGGGCCAAGCCAAAAAGGAAGUUUCAGACAGCAGUGGACCGGGUCCAGCAGCGUAUUGUCCAAAGGUAAAGAAAACGGACCAAGGAUACAGCAUGAGCAGUAGACCAAGACCGUUGAAAACAAUCAAGCCAACGCCUGCUCCAAACGCGUAUAAGAUAUGCAAAGGUCAGACAAGUAAGGGAGUGAACAAUGGUUGUUCGGCAUCGCUCAAAUCUAGAGCCAGUCCUUAUGUAUAUUCUGGGUUUCCAAAUCUAACAAGAAUCACAACGUAAGACUAUCUUGCGCUCAGGUGUGUGUCCUGACACGUACAAAAGAUUGCGGAAUACUUUGUACAUACAUAUCUUUUAUCACU